CAUUCACGAGAGCAAGGCAAAUUGUGUAUACGCCUCACAUCUCAAUCUCGGGCUUGAAGAUUAGAUGUAGCCUAAACGACAUAAAUAUCAUCGGCGGUUCAACCAGGCUGAGGCUGAGCCGGGGCUGUGCAUGCACGAUAUAUGCAAUGGGUUGGAACUGAUUGCUUAUGAUACCCGGCCCUUCCUUCAUACCAUUGUAUAGAACUCAAAAUCUUGUGUCAUAACCACUUUCCCUAGAGACAUCCCUCGAAUGUCACUCCAGCAACAAGAUGACAGGCUCUGUGAGUUCUGUGCCAACCUCAACCUGUCUGUGCAGUGUUUUCUCGGCUCCAGCAUAACAUCCCAAAAUCAUGGAGCCAGCUUCCAUAGAAUCAUAUUGCCCCGGUCCGAUGUUAUGCUAGGUCACUCUUGCUGUCCGUUCUGCCGCCUCCUUGUAUCAGCACUCAUCGAGAGUAACCCUGGAAACCUGGAAACUAGAGUACUUUUGGAAAAUGGAGUUGUAUGUGCUCUCGAAUGGAUCAAGGAUGGACGCACUCUCAAUGACUACACCAUCGAUACACGUUCAACACGACGUCUUCGGCUUUUCACUACCGACAACUCCCUUUCCGAUGCACACCUAGUUCUCCUGAAUCCAGGACUUUCUAAUGCACAGUUUCUGGGAAGGAGAGUCGACCCGUCGAUCGUGGAUAUGGAGAGAGUCAGUAGUUGGAUCGAUGCUUGUCGAGAGGGCCAUGGGUUUGACUGUCAACCCUGUCAAUCAACUCCCACCAAGGAGCUCUAUCUAAGUUCCCAUUUUAGGGCAAUCGACGUUGAUGCACAAUACAUCACCACAGAUGUACAGGGACAUUACGUUGCGCUGAGUUACGUUUGGGGAGGUAAAGCCGGGCAUGCAACCACAAGUUCCAAUGUUGAUGACCUUUCACGCCCUGGAGGGCUUCAAAAGGUCUCCUCUCACGUCUCUUCAACGGUUAGAGACGCGAUGGAACUGACCAGGCUUUUGGGUCACAAGUAUUUGUGGGUUGAUCGCUACUGUAUAAUUCAAGAUUCUAUAGACGAUAAGAGGGAAACGAUCGGCGUUAUGGACGCCAUUUACACUGGGGCAGUGUUGACCAUCUGUGCUGCCAAUGGCGAUGCUGGAUCUGGUAUUCCUGGAAUCAUCAGGGACGACAGAAAAUUCUCACAGACCAUUGGAAACUACGACGACGACGUGCAAUUGAUGGUCUCCCAAUCCGCCGAGUUCUACAUCAACAGGAGCACAUGGAACUCUCGGGCGUGGACAUUCCAAGAGCGCCUAUGCUCCAACAGAUGUCUAAUAAUCGUGGAUGGGCGUGUGUGUUUCCAGUGUCGACAGUCUGCGAUGUGUGAAGACAUCCACAUGGAAAGCAACUCAUCCUACGGGGGCGCUAAUGGAUGGUCUCUCGAGCUGAAAGACGUUCCAGGUCGACUGUUCUCUGAGAAUCCUUUACGACAGUACACUAAAAGCGUGCAGCUCUACACAGAACGACGCCUGUCAUUUGUUUACGAUAAGUUGCCAGCUUUCUCAGCUAUACAGAAAUUAUUAAGCGUCAAUCUGAAAUCAGACUUCGUAGUCGCUCUACCAACGUCUUAUUUCGAUUUUGCAUUGCUUUGGACUCCAAAGACUUCACUGAGGAGGAUUUCAUCGUAUCCAUCUUGGUCCUGGUGUGGCUGGGAAAACGCAAUCGAAUAUCGCUACGAAACGCUUGAAGGGGUGCUUAUGAACCUUCAUGAAUGGCUCACUUCCCACACAUGGAUAAUCUGGUAUGUCCAAAGGGAGGGAAGGAGAGCUGAACUUGUUUGGAACGGAAAUCAUCAGGGGACUGCAGGUCGAUGGCAAGGAUAUGAAAGAGGCUAUCAAUCCAACCCAUAUGGUCACUUCCAGACAGGAGAUCCUCUACCGACGCAACCUCGGUCCGAACCAGUUCUCCAUAGAUUGGGCCUCAGUGGACCGCUCGACAAGUAUCCGUCUGAUAUGACAUUGUAUCUUCGAUUUUACACUCACUCUGCAUUUUUCCGGCUUGAUACACCUGCCGCUCGGGGCGACGAGGAUACCGACACAGUCUCUGGCUUGUCUUGGUGCAGUCUUUCAGAUGCGGAGGGAGACUGGUGUGGAACCGUUCUGCUUGAAAACGAAUGGACGCAAGCCGGCGAUGGGCCGUACGAAUUUAUCGCAAUCUCUGAAGCAAGAGAUUUCAGCACAGAAGAGCAUGAUAGCUGGAAUUUCUACGUUCCCAGAGAUCGUGUGGAUUCGCAAUGGGAUUUGUACUAUGUGUUACUCAUCCAGACAUUUCCCAAUGGGAUUUCGGAGAGAGUUGGUCUGGGGAAAGUGUUCAAGGAUGCUUUUGAGAAGUCACUUCAGCCGGGUUACUCGUGGAAGGAGAUAUCGUUAGGGUAGAUUGCGUUUUCCGCAUGAAUGAUGAAAUUGUUCGCCAAAGUUGACCUCAUGAGGUAAAGGACAGUAAGGAAGGUUGUGAUAAACGGAUUCAUUGCGAUGUAGUGGAGGCAACCUCUUGUCGAUUUCGCAUAUUGGGGAACAUCUCAGAGUUUAAUAUUGAACCCCAAUUCAAGAGGUGCCUAAACUUGGAUUUACCAAAAACACUAUCAUUCCACG